ACAACGUGUUUUUCAAAGUGGAGGCUGGCCUGACCGCAGUCAUUCACGGGGAUAAAUAGCAUGUUCUUGGAGUCGGUUCCACCUGCGGACAUGAAACACUACCCGCGGCAACAGUGUUGAAGUAGCGACUGCUGUCAUUCUUCUGAUUCUCACGUCUCUAUGAAAUAAUACAGGAAGCAGGGUUCACUUGUUGAACGGAAGCGAAAUACUUUUCAGAGCUGUGUUCGGUUCAGAUGAGUUAACAGAAAGAUCUACAAAUAUCAGAGAAGUGAGUCAGUGACGGAAGAUGACGUCAGAGCAAAAUCUGGAUACACUGGAUGAGAGUCAAAACAGAAAUGCAUUUUACAGUUGCUGUUGCUGUUUCCAAGGACUGAAGCUCAGAACAUCUAAUCAACAUGAAUGCUUAGAGGCAGCAAAGAAACCAGACUGUGUUCCAGUCCAGACUACAGUCAGUGUUGAUAUAAAUGCUGAAACAGGUGGAAGUGUAAUUGCUCCUUUAUUGACUGCAAACAACUUCUCAGGACCAGUAAACAUUUAUGGCUCAAAUGCUGAAGGAAAUGAUCAUCUGAAAUCCUCAGAGAUGGCAGAGGAACACAGAGAAAAACAAGAAAGUUUGAGGCUGCAAAAACUCUUGGAAACUCACAAAAGCAAAAUGAAGAAGGAAGUGGAGUAUAUUUUUGAGGGCAAGAAAGAAAAUGAAGCACAACUCAAGGCUGUUUAUACAGAACUGUUCAUCACAGAAGGAGAUAUGAAAGAUGUCAAUCAGGAACAUGAGAGUCGGAAAAAUUAUGAUGUUUUCAACCCAAAAAAAACACAGGACAAACCAAUCAGUUGCAAUGAUAUAUUUACUGAACUGAAGAAAAACAAUGAGAAAAAGAUUGUGCUGACCAAGGGAGUCGCUGGCAUUGGAAAAACUGUUUCUGUGCACAAGUUCAUCCAGGACUGGGCAGAAGGAAAAGCCAAUCAGAAUAUAGACUGUGUGUUCCUGCUUCCAUUCAGAGAGAUCAAUGUGAUUAAAGACAAAGAAGUCAAUCUACAUGAGUUUCUGCUGAAAUUUUAUCCUGAAUUUAAGGAUCUGGAGAAAUCAAAGUUAUUUAAGGGAUGUAAACUAGCAUUUAUAUUUGAUGGACUUGAUGAGAGUCGACUGCUAUUGAACUUUAAAAGUGAAACAUUGAACACUGUUGAUGAAAGAUCAUCUAUAGAUGUGCUGUUUACAAGUCUGGUGAAAGGGAAUCUGCUUCCAUCAGCUCUUGUCUGGGUGACAUCACGACCAGCAGCAGCCAAUCAGAUCCCUCCUCGGUAUGUGGGUUUGUUCACAGAGGUGCGGGGAUUUACUGACCAACAGAAGGAGGAGUACUUCAGAAAGAGAAUCACAGAUGAGAAGCUGGCCUCCAAAAUCAUCUCACAUAUUAAGACAUCUCGUAGUCUCUACAUCAUGUGCCACAUUCCUGUGUUCUGCUGGAUCAUGGCCACAGUACUUCAGGAUAUUCUCAUUGAGAACAGUGCAAAGGAUGUCAGCACAACACUCACUGAAAUGUAUAUUCACUUCCUGCUGAUACAGAUGGACAUGAAGAACCAGAAGUACGAUGAACAAGAAGAAGUAGAAUGUUCAGAGCAAUUAAAAUUAAAUAGAAAUAUGAUUUUUAAGUUAGCCAAGCUAGCGUUUGAACAACUGAAGGAGCAGAACAUUAUGUUCUAUAAGGAAGAUCUGAAAAAAUGUGGUAUUGAUGAGAGCAAAGACACUGAGUUCACAGGAAUGAUUGCGGAGAUCUUAAAGAAGAAAUAUGGACUACAUGUGACAAAGGUGUUCUGCUUUGUGCAUCUGAGUGUUCAAGAGUUUCUCGCUGCAUUGCAUGUGUUCAUCUGCUACCUAAACAAAAACCUGCAGGAGCUUUGUUUUUUCUUUGAUAAGUCAAAACAAAAUGUCACACUGCAGGAGCUACUGCAGAAGGCUGUUGACAAAGCCAUGGAGAGUCAAACAGGACAUCUGGACCUGUUCCUACAAUUUCUGAUGGGCAUUUCACUGAAAUCUAGCCAAAAUCUGCUCAAAGGGCUGCUCACACACACUGAAGACACCACAGAGAGCAUCAGACAAACAACUGAAUACAUAAAACAAGAACAAAACAAGAAUAUCUCAGAUGAAUCUUCAGUCAACCUAUUUUACUGCUUACUUGAGCUCAAGGAUCACUCAUUAUAUGAGGAAAUCCAGAGUUACUUCACUUCAGAUGAAUAUCCAGGAAGAAAACUCUCAUCUUCAAUGUGCACAGUGCUGACCUACAUACUGCUGAUGUCAGAAAAGGUGCUGGAUGAGUUCAAUCCAAAGAGGUUCACAUCAAAACAAGCAGACUACAAGAGACUCGUUCCAGCUGUGAGAUGCUGCAGAAAAGCCCUAUUUGAUGGCUGUGGUCUUGAUGAUAUAUGUUGUGAAACUGUGUCUUCUGCUCUACAAUCAUCAAACUCACACCUGACAGAGCUGGACCUGAGUAGCAAUCAUCUGAGGGAUUCAGGAGUGAAGCUGCUUUCUGUUGGACUGAAGAGUAAAUACUGUCAACUGAACAUACUGAGGCUGUGUGGGUGUAAUCUUAGAGCUCAUUCCUGUGAAAGUUUUUCAUCAGCUCUACAAUCCUCUAACUCUGUUCUGAGAGAGCUGGACCUGAGUAACAAUGACCUGCAGGAUUCUGGAGUGAAGUUUCUUUCUGACGGACUGAUGAGUCCAAACUCUAAGCUGGAGAUAUUGAGAUGUUCCAUUUGUAAUCUCACCGCUCAAUCUUGUGAGAUUUUGUCAUUGGUUUUACAAUCAUCAAACUCCAUCCUGAGAGACCUGGACUUGAGUAACAAUGACCUGCAGGAUUCAGGAGUGAAGGCUCUUUUUGAAGGACUGAAGAGUACAAACUCUAAGCUGGAGAUAUUGAGGUUGUCUGGCUGUAUGGUGACAGAGAAAGGCUGUCAUUAUGUGUCUUUAGCACUGACUUCAAACCCCUCACACCUGAGAGAGCUGGAUCUGAGCUACAAUCACCCAGGAGAUUCAGGAGUGAAACUACUCUCCUACAGCUUCCAUACAAGUGUGGAUCAUGGAGGAGAAUACAGGAUUACAGCAGGACUAAAUAAAUAUGCCCGUUUUCUCACACUGGAUCCAAACACAGCAAACACUAAACUCAUUCUGUCCGAGGAGAAACGGAACAGAAAGGUGACAAAUGUGAGAGAGAAACAGCCAUAUCCUGAUCAUCCAGAGAGAUUUGAUGUUUGGGAGCAGCUGUUGUGUAGAGAGAGUGUGUGUGGACGCUGUUACUGGGAGAUUGAGUGGAGUGGACGUGUGUGGAUAUCAGUGUCAUAUAAGAGCAUCAACAGGAAGGGACAGGGUAAUGGGUGUUUGUUUGGAUCUAAUGAUCAGUCCUGGAGUUUGUACUGCUCUUCCGCCAGAUACACAUUCAUGCACAAUAACAUAGAGACUGAUCUCCCUGUGAAGCCCAAAAGCAGAAUAAAAGGAGUGUACGAUGAUAUCUUUACAACAGAAGUGUUUGAUGAGAAUGGUAAAAUAGGAGUGUAUGUGGAUAGCAGUAGAAUAGGAGUGUAUGUGGAUCACAGCGCAGGAACUCUGUCCUUCUACAGCGUCUCUGACACAACUAGUCUCAUCCACACAGUCCAGACCACAUUCACUCAGCCGCUCUAUCCUGCAUUUAGACUUUAUCCUGAAUCAUCUGUGAAAUUGUGCUGAUGAAUGAGAAUAGAUUGACGAGAUUCCACCCAUAACGUUUUGAGCUCCAUUACAUUACAACAGUGAGCUGUUGUAUUUUUUUCUUUAUUACAUUAAAGGGUUAUUUCACCCAAAUAUUAAAAUUAUGUCAUUAAUGACUCCUCAUCAUGUCGUUCCAAACCAGUAAGACCUCCAUUCAUCUUUGGAACACAGUUUAAGAUAUUUUAGAUUUAGUCUGAGAGCUUUUUGUGCCUCCAUUGAAGCUGUGUGUACGGUAUACUGUCCAUGUCCAGAAAGGUAAGAAAAACAUCAUCAAAGUAGUCCAUGUGACAUCAGAGGGUCAGUUAGAAUUUGUUGAAGUAUCGAAAAUACAUUUUGGCCCAAAAAUAACAAACACUUCGACUUGUCUUUUCUUCCGGGUCUGUUAUGAGUGCGACUGCUGUGACUGUUGACGUACGAGGCUGCUGACGUGUUCUCUUUGUUAUUGGGCACGCCAGAAAACACUUAUGUAUUUUCGAUGCUUAAACAAAUUAUAACUGACCCUCUGAUGUCACUUGUUUUUUCAUGUCACAUAUAUCAUUUGCACAACUAUUAUCAAAAUUACUAAUCAUUUGAAAAGUACCUUUCACAAACAUGAUGUUCUGGACACACAUAGACUUUCAAACUGAGAGCAUGUAAUUCUUAUAUUUUAUAAAAAUGUAUUAGAUUUUUCUCUAUUGUUUGUGCAGAAAUAAUAAAAUACAAUGACAAAUCAACUUGAGAUCAGAAUAUGUGAAAUGUCUGAAUGCCAUGAAUGUCAUGAGUCAAUUCAAUUACAGUUUGUCACAUGGGAAUAAAAAAAGGUUAUUAUAGCACUGAUGUCCUCAUGUGAAGACUGAAGGGGAUAAAGAACAGCGACUCUACCUGUGCAACUCCACCAGGCAAUGACACAAGCAAGGGACAUAAGUAUAACUUUUUAUUUGUCCUCUUUCCUACAACUUGUUUUAACUUCUGUUUCAACUUAUGACAAAUAUUUACUGUUUUCAAAUCCCUACUAAUACUCGCAAAGCAUGCAUAACACACUGUAAGUAGCGCAAAACUGACAACCUGUGCAUUUUGCCUAUGACUGUUCACAAGUUCUCCUGCCUAUCCAGUCCUGAUGGUUGAAAGUAAACAAACUUGGCUUGCUGUUGACAGCUCACUCUCUGUGGUCUGGGUAGUUUCAGUCGGCCCCUCUUCUGGUAACCCUUUCCAUUAAUGUGUCAGUCCAGUCUGUGUCUCAGUUGUGUUUUGCUUUCUUCACUAUAUGCUAGUUUUGCCUGUGUUCUGAUUAGUUCUUUCACCUGUUCUCUCAGCUAUCCUUAUUUGUGUCUGUUACUCAAGUCCUCAGUUCUCCGUUAGGCUACGUCUAUAUUAAUCCGGAUACAUUUGAAAAUGACGUUUUGAUAUUAAAACGCUCUCCAUCUACACUAGCAUUUUCAAGUAUUUUCCAUAAGUGUGUCAUCCACACUGAAGCAUAAGAAGGUUAAAUAUGCUUUCUGCGCAUGCGUAAAGCCUAAAAAAAUCCCAGAACAGACAUGAGAACACAUUUUCAUGCAGUUUUCCUGACAGGUAAUGUUAUUUAUUUUAUUCAUGAAAAGAACUCACAAUCCACUGCCUGUUCCUGCCUGUGUUGGAUUACCUUUUGUGGAUUCAUUAAUAAACUGUUUACUCUUCAUCUUCUUGCAUGUACUCUCAACACCAUUCUGUGUGACACAUCCUAGGUACAUAGCUAUCUGAGGAUAUAUUUGUGCUAGCUCAGUGACUGCUCCCCUGCUAAGGGUCUUUAACCCUUUAAGCCCUGAAGGUAUUUUUGCCUCAUUGAAGUUGAUGUUUUUUACUGAGGGACAC